AUGACUCUUUCUAACGCAUUGGAGUUACUGCGAGGGGAUGCAGCGUUUUCUAUCUUCUUCAGUGUGCUUUUCUCCUACAUUGUCGGAAGCACUUUCUAUAAUUGGUAUCGCCUGCGUCAUAUCAAAGGGCCAUGGCUGGCUAGUGUAUCCAAGUCUUGGUUAAUUUGGCGCACUCUUGCUGGCAACUUUCAUCAAGAUUUUAGUGAUGUCUGUGAAAAGUAUGGCCGCCUUGCACGAAUUGGCCCUUACCACCUGCUCACAAGUGACCCGGAUGUCAUGCGCAGGAUGCUAGGCGUACGUUCUAGGUACCGACGCUCAGAAUGGUACACUGGAAUGCGCUUUGAGCCCCCGAAGGAUACUGUCGAGUCGCAAAAGGAUGAAGGAAAACAUAGUGACCUGAGGUCCAAAAUGGCUGCCGGCUAUUCCGGGAGCGAAGUUGACAGACUUGAAGAGCGGGUCGACGAGACCGUCGAGUCACUCAUUCGACUUCUUGAGAGAUACAUCCGCGAGGACUUCCAAUAUAAGCCCCUUGAUUUCGGAGGCACGGCCCAAUAUUUCACUUUGGAUGUCAUCUCAGCUAUAGCUCACGGAAAGCCGUUUGUAUAUCUAGACGCAGACACCGAUUUGUAUGACUACAUCAAACUAACCGAAAAGGCUAUGCCUGCUUUUAUGGUCAUUGCCAUCUUACCUUGGCUCAUGUCACUGUCGAAUGGAGGUAUCACAAAAGAAGUUGUUGACGCACGGUUUAAACUAGAUCCAAAGCACGGCCGAGACAUGCUCGAUUCUUUCAUUAGACAUGGUCUCACACAAUCCGAGGCUAUCUCAGAAGGUAUCCUUCAGAUAAUUGCCGGAUCUGAUACCACCGCCACAGCCAUUCGAGUCACUCUACUCUACUUGAUCACCACACCAAGGAUACUGGAAAAGUUUCGUGCCGAAUACACAGCCGCCAAAGUCUCAUCACCUAUUCGUGAUUCUGAGGCGAGGAAUCUACCAUAUCUCCAAGCCAUCAUUAAAGAAGGCCUUCGCAUCUGGCCGCCAGUUACACGGAACUACGAGAGAGAAAUUGUUGAAAUUGCGACCCUUUUCCCUUCUCGAUUGUUCGACAGACAAAAUUGGUUCAAUAUAAACUCGUGGCAUAUCACACAUCACUCGACCGAGAUGGCCUAUAAAAGUAUAUCACUGUUACUGGCAGCAUCAACGGCAGCACAGGCUCAGGAUACUUCAUUGUACAUUCCUUACUAUGGAACGAGUGCGAAUGGAUUCACUGCGCCACCACGAGGAUGGAAUAGUUUCGGCCUACAGGCACUUGACGGCGGAUUCGCACCGACUCAGGACAGCAUCCAGGCACAAUGCCAGAAUCUAAAUGUCUCCGCCGGGUACACUCUGUGCAGUAUCGAUUCCGGAUGGUCCGGCAAUGGAGGUGAUCCUUAUGGGCGUCUCGUUCCAGACACUUCUACAUUCCCCAAUCUUACUGCACUCGCAGAUGAGUUGCAUUCAAAUGGCAUCCAAUUGGGAGUUUAUAUUCUACCGGGGGCGUUAUCUGGCGACGCGGAUGUCACUGUCCAAGGAACGGAUAUUCAGCUCGGUUCGCUAUUUGAUAACUCUCAGCCGAGCUAUAAUUUGCGACAGACGUUUGAUUUUAGCAAGGACGGUGUCCAACAGUGGCACGAUUCGGUUAUUAAUAAUUUUGCGGAGAUGGGAAUCGAUUAUAUCAAACUCGAUUACAUGACUCCUGGUAGUCCUGACCCAGGCGAGGAUCUACCAGCCAACAACUCUCUAGUAGCCAUUGCCUACCACAACGCCAUUCAAAAAUCAGGUGCACAGAUUCGACUGGAUCUGUCGUGGGCCCUUGAUCGCAACUCUGCGACAGACUGGUAUAUUUGGCGGGGCAGCGCCGACGGAUUGCGACUGGACCAAGACAUUAACAACUCCGGACAGUCGACUCUUGUAUCCUUUGGCACAGUGCAGCGCGCAAUUGAGAACUACCGAAUUUACAUCAACCAACAAGUCGAAGAUUCAACCAGACAGGGAAUCCCCAUCAUGGUCCGCCCGGACAUGGACAAUAUGUACACUGGUAACGGUCAGGAUCUCGGAGGUCUCGCUGAUGUUGAACGUUAUACCGUUGCCAUUCACUGGGUUGGAGCUGGUGCAAAUCUCAUUACCGGAUCUAACUUGAGCCAGAUUGAUACGCUGGGUCAGGAACUCCUAUACGACUCGGAAUUGAUGUCCAUCGCGGACUUCACCACCCAGUACCCAAUGCAGCCAAAGAACCCACUAGGAGCAGAUACCCCGGGAGCACAGGCAUCUGAACAGCUUCAAGCAUGGAUUGCAGGCCCGGACUCGAAUAAUGAGAAUGUCGUAGUCGUCCUGGCGAACUACGGUCCAGACCAGGGCAGCGGCGGCUUCGGGUCAAGCUCUGAUGGAACUCAGCUGGUUAACGUCACCCUGUCACUCUUAGGCAUCGCAGAUGGUCAACCUAACGGGGCUGCGGGGUGGAAUGUGCGUCGAGUCCUGGGAGGAGGAGGAGCUGGAGGUCCAGACCAUACCAUGUCCUCAGGAUCGAAGCAAAAUGCACCUUUCUCAGGCCGAAUGCGGCCUUCUGUUGCUAUAGAAUUCGCCGAACAGUCUCAGAGGCUUGCACUUGCUACACAGGGACACAGGGACAAACAAGAAAAUGGAGCAAUUGCCGCACGCUUCGUCACCCCGCACGAUGCGGUUAUCGAGACAGAACGUGGAGAACGCCUGCCUGCAGUUCCGUCAGAGGAAGCCGAGAGGCUGAAUUGGCUUAGAGAUGAAGCCAUUUCAGGGGAUCCCCACGACGAUCUAGAACACUCCGAAUCACGACAGUCUCGGCAGCAGGAAAUUCCAGUGGAAAGACAGCCGGAGUCGGUUCCGUUGCAUAAAUACAGGCAAAGGCAGACUGGCCCUCUCAAUACUGUGAACCCUCCUGCAUAUACGCAUCCUUUAUUCCCUCCGUUGCCGCUAUAUGGACCUCCGUCGUUACUGCGCACUUUUCAAUGCCAGACUUUCCGUGCCAUCUCGUUCUGCCUCUCGCUAUCGUUUCUUGGCAUUAUUGUGGUGGGCUCGUGUUUAAGCGGAAUUGGUAUCGGCGUUAGGAAAAUUUGGCUACGGGUAUGCGGUAUUAAUUUGACUAAACGCCGACCAUUUUACAAAGAAGAAAUAGCAAGAAAGAAGGCAAGGCGGAAGAUGGCAAUUAGAUGGAAACGCGCGCAAUGGAAGUUGAAUGAUAAGAGAGAAACAGCUGCCUCAGAAGUAGAAUACGACGAGGAUAUUGAGGGCAACAUUCAGGACACGGAAUUUCCACCUUUGGAAGGAGGAGACGAUCCGAUCGUUUGUGAUAUUGGCUACUACGCGAGAAGGGUUGGACUAGACUGUGAGAUGUUCCAUGUCCAGACUGAAGACGGAUUCAUCCUUGAACUCUGGCACAUUUAUAACCCGCAUGAAUAUUCGCCUCUAUCUGAAGCCGAGCGAGACCAUCGAGAACCUGAUGUAUUCUACGACCGAAAGACAAAGGAUCAUUCUACGUCAAAUCGUCGCUAUCCUGUUUUACUCAUUCAUGGGUUGCUUCAAAGCGCAGGCGCUUAUUGCACCAAUGAUGACGAUAGUCUGGCAUUUUAUUUGUGCAAGGCUGGCUAUGAUGUCUGGUUGGGAAACAACAGAUGCGGGUUCAGACCGAAGCACAAUGCUCUUACGUACAAUGACCCGCGAAUGUGGUGCUGGAACAUUCGACACAUGGGUACACUAGACCUCCCAGCUUUUGUGUCACGAAUUCUUUAUGAAACUGGAUUUGAGACCCUAGGCCUGAUCUGCCACAGCCAAGGUACCACCGAGGCAAUGGUUGCGCUCGCACAAGACCAACGACCAGAGCUGGGUGAGCGCAUAUCUGUGUUUUGUGGUCUUGCCCCAGCUGCUUAUGCGGGACCAUUGAUUAAGAAGAUGUACUUUCGCUUCGUGAGGCAGAUUUCUCCAGCUGUUUUUCGACUUAUCUUCGGCAUUCAUGCCUUUAUCCCGCUCAUGAUGACCAUGCGCAAAAUUAUUCCACCGCGGAUUUAUGGUGUUUUGAGCUAUCGGAUUUUUGCCUUUCUCUUCGAAUGGACAGAUGCACGCUGGGACCGUGAUCUCCGUAACCGUAUGUUCCAAUUCGCACCCGUCUAUGUCAGUGCCGAAAGCAUGCGGUGGUGGCUCGGCUGCGAUGGGUUCGCAGUACAAAAAUGCAUCUUGGCCACUAAAGAACAAGUCUUGCGCGAGGAGGAAGAAGACCGUGCUUAUGAAAGUGGCUGUCUUUCCAGUUCCGACGACACUGGUGGCAAUCGUAGUCUCAAUGCCUGGUAUGGACCAAAAACACCGCCAUUCGCACUUUGGAUUGCCGGGUCCGAUGAUCUGGUUGAUGGAGCGAAGCUGUUGCGCAGAUUGCAGAAUGGGCGUGAGCCUUAUGUAAAUUUAGUGCAUCAUAAGAUCAUUGAAGGGUAUGAGCAUUUAGAUGUCAUCUGGGCGAUGGAUAUGAUUGAACAGGUAGGCCGCGAAGUCGCGCAAGUAGUGUGGCAGACGGUUCCAUCGGAUGCGAAAGUUGCCUGUCGGGCUCCGAGGAUUUGA